AUGCCUGACGACCUCGACUCGAUCGUCAAGGGCACCGCCGCCCCGCCCGCCGAGAAGGCUGCCGAGAAGGUCGCCAGCACCUCCGGCGUCACCCCCUCCAGCGGGAAGCCCGGCGACCCCCUAAGCCACGCGCCCUCCUCCCCGUCCAUGAUCUACCUCAAUCUCCUCAUCCUCGAGGCCUCGCUGCGCGCACAGUACCUCGAGCUUCGCGCCCGCAGGCGACACCACACCUUCUUCCUUUCCAUCCUCAGCGUCUGGGUCGUGGGCUUCGGAUAUGCCCUGUUCUUCGCUCCGAGGGAGGACGGCAGGGGGCUGGGCGGCUCUGUCUACUGGGGCGUCGAGAUGAUCGAGAAACUGUGCUUCAUGGGAGGCGUUAUUACUGCCGCCCUCGUCUGGGCUACGGGCAUAUGGGAGCGUGGGGUCAGGUGGCCCAGGAGGUGGUUUGCCAUCACCAAUCGCGGCAUCAGGGCUUUCAACCUCAAGCUCGUGCUCGUCAAGAGGUCCUGGUACGCUGAGGCACUGUCCACGCUGGGCUGGUUCCUUACCUACGGUUUGUUCUCUCACACCGCGGGGUCCUCAUAUCAAUUCGUCGACCCGGCGAUACUUCGAGAGGUGGACAAGGAGCUGGACCUCGCGGGCAAGGGUCACCCGAUCCUCCCAUCCGUCACCAGCGACGAGGAGAAGGCCGGGCGUGAGGAGGACCUCGCCCCCGGAGGAGACUACGUGAAGCUCCUGUUGCUGGCGAAACCCUUCUCGCCCACGUUCCGCGAAAACUGGGAGCUGUACAGGACCGAAUACUGGGACCGAGAGAACGAGAGGAGGUCUCUGUUCCGCGCCAAGAUCCAGGACAGAGACCGCUGUCUGCGCAGAGAGCAGUUUGGCUGGCUGUGGUGGGCACCAUGGGCGAAGCCGGCACAGAUCAUGGAGAAGCCACACCACGCGCACCCUGAAAAGGCACACCAUCGCAGGCUCUCGGUGGUCGAACGGGAAGGGAAGCGGUCGCGGAGCGGAAGCGUCCGCCGGGGCAGCAUCUCUGGCCACUCUAGCCGGAGCCCCACACCGACGCUGGAGGUCAAGGAAGGAAGCACCAGUAGGAGGUCAUCGGAUGCCUCGCAGAAAAGGAACAAGGCCCUAUCUUCUCAAGGAUCCAAGUCUGGGAAGAGGCCAGGGGUGGAAUCUCGAUCUGUCACCCCGGAAUUUUUGUCACCGCUGGCUCGAGAAAGCAGCGUCAGUGGGUUGACACCAACCGAGUCUAGCACAGGUAGUGACAGACGAGCAAAGUCAGCCUCGGAUUCCGCCUAG